AUGGCUCGUGCAAACGGACAAUCUCAGCAUCGAGUUGGCAGCCAUUCGUCACCAACUCUUCGCGCAUUGGCCAACGACCGCCCGACGCCUCGACGUUCCAUCCUGGUCACCGGCUGCCGGCCUGGAGAGCGGUGUAGUGCCAGUAACGAGCCUGGGUGUGCACCCGAUGCACGAUGGAGAGUUUAUGGCGAACCCAAUCUAUCCGUGUGGCCGAGAACCUGGAUCUGCCGACUGGUUGGUUGGCCUGUUAUGGCAGGAGAGAGCUGA